UCCACAAGUUCAAAGAGAGAUGCCAAAUUUUAUAAGUCGGCUCAUGAAGCAGUUGAAGAUAUACCUGAAGGUUCCAAACUUUUAGUUGGUGGUAAGUACGUUAUUACCACAAACAAUCUAAUCAAAAUGAUAAGUUUGUUGCUGGUAUAUUUAAAAGGUGGUCUAUUCCUCAAUACAAUUACAGGUUUUGGUCUAUGUGGUAUACCUGAGAAUUUGAUAGCUGGUCUAUUAAAGACUAAAAUUAGUGGUCUUAUCUGUGUCAGUAAUAAUGCUGGUGUGGAUGAUUUUGGCCUGGGACUUCUUCUCAAACAGAAACAGGUUAAAAGAAUGAUAUCAUCCUAUGUGGGUGAAAAUGCAGAAUUUGAACGACAAUAUUUAUCAGGAGAGUUAGAGGUAGAAUUAACACCACAGGGAACAUUAGCAGAAAGAAUUAGGGCAGGAGGGGCUGGUAUUCCAGCAUUUUUUACUCCAACUGGUUUUGGUACUUUGAUACAUGAAGGUGGUGCUCCUAUUAAAUACAGUAGUGAUGGCAAUAUAGAUAUUGCUAGUACUCCAAGGGAGGCUCGUGAAUUUGAUGGACGAAGUUAUAUUAUGGAAGAAGCUAUUACAGGAGAUUUUGCUUUAGUUAAAGCAUGGAAAGCUGAUAGAUCUGGAAAUCUUACAUUUAGGAAAACAGCACGUAAUUUUAACCCUCCAAUGUGUAAAGCCAGUAAAAUAACUAUAGCUGAAGUAGAAGAAAUAGUAGAGGAUGGUGAAAUUCCACCAGAAGAUGUACAUGUACCUCAUGUUUUUGUACAAAGAGUAGUGAAAUGUGAUAAGUUUGAAAAGAGAAUUGAGGUGAGGUGCUCCAUUAACCAGUUUAAAAGGGAUACAAAAGGAAAAGAUGAUAAACCUAAAAGUGAAGCUGCACAGAUGAGAGAGAAAAUUAUCAGAAGAGCAGCUUUAGAAUUUAAAGAUGGCAUGUACGCUAAUUUAGGUAUUGGUAUGCCAAUGUUAGCUAGUAACUAUAUACCUAAAGGUAUACAAGUUAGUUUACAAAGUGAAAAUGGUAUUCUAGGUUUGGGUCCUUUCCCAAGAAAAGGUGAAGAAGAUGCUGAUUUGAUCAAUGCUGGUAAAGAAACAGUUACCAGUCUUAAAGGCAGUUCUUUCUUCUCCAGUGAUGAAUCAUUUGCUAUGAUUAGAGGUGGCCAUAUAGAUCUGACAAUAUUAGGUGCUAUGCAAGUAUCAAGACGUGGUGAUAUAGCUAAUUGGAUGAUACCAGGUAAAUUAGUGAAAGGUAUGGGAGGCGCUAUGGAUUUAGUAUCAAGUCAUCAGACUAAAGUAGUUGUUACUAUGGAACAUAGUGCUAAGGGAGGUGCUAAGAAGAUAUUACCAAAAUGUACAUUACCAUUAACUGGCAAGAGAUGUGUAGAUAUGAUUAUUACUGAAAUGGGUGUGUUUGAUAUCCAUCCUGAAAAUGGUUUAAUAUUAACUGAGGUUGCUGAUGGUGUUUUGAUAGAAGAUAUUAUUGAAAAGACAGCAGCUGAUUUUGAGGUGUCGCCAGAUUUAAAACCUAUGGGACAGAUCGAGGUGUAG